CGACAUCAUCAUGCAAAACAGUCCUCGUUCCAAUGUCAAUGGAGCCAUCUCCUCAUUACCCAGCACUUUGGCACAAUUGGCCCUCAGAGAUAAACAACAACCUGCCUCCAAUGUAACAUCCACUAGUGCUCUCCUGGGCGGGGGCAACAGUUCCAGUGUCCUCUCAAAGGCAGCCGUCUUACAGCAGCAGGCCAAUGGUUCGCCGGGUGGUGGUGCCGGAGACUCUUCAAAUCUAGGCCACAAUGAUUCCAAUAAGCUGACCACAGAAUUACAAGAGAAAGAACAAGAAAAUCAAAAGCAACAACUGCAACAGCAGCAGCAGCAAUCACAGCCAAAACAGAAGCCACCAUUGCCAGUACGCAAUAAGCCCAUGGAAAUUGCAGGUUAUGUCGGUUUCGCCAAUCUGCCGAAUCAGGUGUAUCGCAAAGCAGUUAAGCGUGGCUUCGAGUUUACGCUUAUGGUGGUGGGCGCCAGCGGUCUGGGCAAGUCCACUCUCAUCAACUCCAUGUUCCUGUCGGACAUCUACAAUGCCGAACAGUAUCCUGGGCCAUCGUUGCGUAAGAAAAAAACCGUUGCCGUAGAGGCCACCAAGGUGUUGCUGAAGGAGAACGGUGUCAAUUUGACACUGACCGUGGUCGACACGCCCGGCUUUGGUGACAGUGUGGACAACACAAAUUGUUGGGUACCCAUACUGGAAUAUGUUGACUCCAAAUAUGAAGAAUAUUUGACAGCUGAAUCGCGGGUGUAUCGCAAGCAAAUACCCGACAAUCGUGUCCAUUGUUGUUUGUAUUUCAUUGGACCCACAGGGCAUGGCCUGAGGCCCUUGGAUAUUGCCUGUAUGCAAAGUUUAUCGGAUAAGGUGAAUUUGGUUCCUGUCAUUGCCAAGGCCGACACUCUGACUCCCGAUGAGGUGCAUUUGUUUAAGAAACAGAUCCUUAAUGAAAUUGCCCAGCACAAAAUCAAGAUCUAUGACUUCCCCUCAACGUUGGAAGAUGCUGCCGAGGAAAGUAAAACCACACAAAAUCUAAGGACCCGUGUUCCCUUUGCGGUGGUGGGUGCCAAUACCAUUGUGGAGUUGGCCGAUGGCAAAAAGGUGCGUGGCCGUCGUUAUCCCUGGGGUCUGGUGGAGGUGGAAAACCUCUCACAUUGCGAUUUCAUUGCUUUGCGUAAUAUGGUCAUACGCACCCAUUUGCAGGAUCUCAAAGAUGUCACCAACAAUGUCCACUACGAGAAUUAUCGCUGUCGCAAACUCUCCGAGCUGGGUCUGGUCGAUGGUAAGGCACGUCUGUCCAACAAAAACCCCCUCACCCAAAUGGAGGAGGAGAAACGGGAACAUGAAUUGAAAAUGAAGAAAAUGGAGGCGGAAAUGGAACAGGUCUUCGACAUGAAAGUAAAGGAGAAAAUGCAAAAACUUAAAGAUUCCGAAAUUGAGCUAGCCCGGCGUCAUGAGGAACGCAAAAAGGCCCUCGAACUGCAGAUCCGGGAAUUGGAGGAGAAGCGUCGUGAAUUUGAGCGGGAACGCAAAGAGUGGGAGGAGGUAAAUCACAUCACAUUGGAGGAGUUGAAGCGACGCAGUCUGGGAGCGAACAGCAGUACGGAUAAUGUCGAUGGCAAAAAGGAGAAAAAGAAGAAGGGUUUGUUCUAAGGCUUGUUUGUCAAAGAGGAGUAGU